AUGAAGCUCAGCGAUACAUACAUCCAGGCUCUUCGCAGUCAGCUCAAGACAGCUUGGGUCUUGACUCCGGAAUCAGAUGGUUACCAAGCCAGUCUCAUCCGAUGGUCGGAGACGGGAAUUAAACUCGCGGGCGUUGUGGUUCAACCACUCGAUUCUGCAGAUAUCGGCAUCGCACUGUUGUGGGCACAGAAACAUGGUAUUGAAGUCGCCGUGAGGGGGGGUGGCCACUCCACUGCUGGAACCAGUUCAAGCAACGGUGGCCUAGUGAUUGACCUUUCAUGCAUGAAAGAUGUGACGGUCGAUCCCGCCAGGAAGAUAAUCACUGCACAGGGGGGUGCGACGUGGAAAGAAGUCGAUGAAGCGGGUGCAGCGCAAGGUCUGGCAACGGUUGGGGGCACUGUGAAUCACACAGGAGUUGGAGGACUAACUCUGGGUGGUGGGUAUGGAUGGUUGAGUGGGCAAUAUGGUCUCACCAUUGAUAAUCUUCUAUCCGCCCGGGUGGUGCUGGCCGAUGGUAAACUUGUGACUGCUUCUAAAUCAGAGCACCCAGAGCUGUUUUGGGGACUUCGUGGAGCAGGCUACAACUUUGGCGUUGUGGUUGAUUUCACUUACCAGGCAUACGACCAAGCAGAAAUGGUCUUCUCCGGCAUUUUGGGAUUUCCUCCAGAUAAGCUCAACGGCGUCUUUGCUCAACUCAAUGCUAGCCUCGCACAUCCCGACUCCCGGUCUGGGGCAAUGUGUUUUCUCGCCAUGGAUCCAAACGGCUCCGGUCCGAUAAUCAUAGUCAUCUGUUUCUACAAUGGCAGUCAGGAAAUGGGCACCGCACGCUUCGCAGGCCUCAUUGACUUGAAGCCCGUUCUAAAUAAUUUGGAUAUGAUUCCAUAUUCGAUGGUGAAUACCCUUCAAAACCCGCAGGCCACCUACGGCGACCGCAAAUCCUUCAAGGGAAUCUUUUAUGAACCACCGAUAGAUCCUGGUUUUGUGCAAACAAUAUUCAAGGAUUUUAUAGACAAGAUUCAGAGCGACAGCGAUUUGAUGCAAUCCGCCAUCAUUCUCGAAUUCAUGGAUAUGCGAAAGAUUUGUGAGAUCCCCUUAUCGGAAACAGCGCUUGCAAGUCGCAACUCGACUCAGAAUGGAAUCAUCUGCCUCCGAUGGACCGACCCUACCAAAGAUGAGGAACACCGCGCUUGGGCUCGUCAGAUCCAAGCUAAGUGGAAAUCCGAACUGGAUGUGAGGAGACAGGACCGCCACGAAGGCGAGGUACCACAGUAUAUCAAUUAUGCAGAGCCGGGAGACUCGGUCGUUCCGAAUAUAUACGGAGAGAAUCUUCAACGUCUUCAAACCGUCAAAGCCACGUACGACCCGAAAAACGUGUUCCACAAGAUGCAUCCUAUUCGCACCCUUGCAACCUACUAA